GCGAGAGAAAGAGGGUAAGAAGAGGAAGACUCUCUUAAUUCCCUCUCACUCUUUGUGGACUGAAGAACAGCUCUGCAUCUCGGACAGUGAGAGUUGCCUGGAGGGGAGUGACAGGUUUUGGAGUCCAGCCGCCCUGCACACAGGCAGGUCCAUCUGCUCGUUUAUUUGGGAUACAAAGAAGAGGAAGAGCAGAUAACGUUUUACAAAGGGAACUCUGUGUGCGUGUGUGUGUGUGUGUGUGCGUGUAUGUGUUUUUUUUUCCCCCCUUCAAAAGACUUUCUUAAACACCUGUCCCGAUGGCAGACACCGUGAUGGAAGACUCUGAUUAUUACCCUGAGAAAGACGCUUUGCAGUGGGGAUAUCAGGAAGGUGCGGAGUGGGGCCUCCUGUUUCCCGAGGCUAACGGAGGAAACCAGUCGCCCAUAAACCUGAUCUCCAGGGAGGCCCGCUACGACCCCAACCUCCUGGAGGUGCGGCUCAACCACAACUACGUCGUCUGCAGGGACUGUGAGGUCAUCAACGAUGGACACACGGUCAGGAUAAUGCUGAAGUCAAAGUCAGUGGUGACGGGGGGUCCCCUGCCCAGUGACCAUGAGUACGAGCUGCACGAGGUGCGCUUCCACUGGGGCAAAGAGAACCAGCGCGGCUCGGAGCACACCGUCAACUUCAAGGCCUUCCCCAUGGAGCUCCACCUGAUCCACUGGAACAGCACCCUGUUCAGCAGCAUCGAGGAGGCCCUGGGGAAGAGGAAGGGCAUCCUCAUUGUGGCUUUGUUUGUGCAGAUUGGGAAAGAGCACCCGGGACUGAAGCCUGUAACAGAGGUUCUUCAAGAUUUACAGUACAAGGGGAAGACAAAGAUCAUACCCUGCUUCAACCCUAACACACUGCUUCCUGACCCCCUCCUACGAGAUUACUGGGUGUACGAGGGGUCACUGACCACCCCGCCCUGCAGCGAGAACGUCACCUGGAUCCUGUACCGCUACCCCCUGACCGUCUCACAGAUCCAGAUCGAGGAAUUCCGGAGGCUGAGGUCACAUGUCAAAGGGGCGGAGCUUGCGGAGGGCAUUGACGGCAUUCUAGGGGACAACUUCCGCCCAACUCAGCCGCUCAGUGACAGAAUGGUCAGGGCUGCCUUCCAGUGAGGUCAAACAAGGGGCGUGACUGGGGUCAGCUGUGGGUGAAAAACACAGCACGGAUUUUUCUGGUGGCUCUUUAUUUCAGCAGAGGGUUAGACUGGCAGCAAAACACUAAUUCAUAUCAAUAUCUUCAUGGUUUACCGCUCAUAAAAGUUAAACCCACAGGCAUUUUCGUUAAACAACCCACCUAUGUAUCUGCUGGAUCCACUGGAUAUUUCACAGAGGUGGUUCUGGACCCUGCUUGUUCUGCUCAAACUGUCACCCUUCUGGUCACAUGUACAGUACAGUACCAUACUAUGCUACUGACAAGACCCUAAAAUCAUUUUAAAUAUUACACACAGUAUGUCAUAACACAUGAAAAAUGUAGAGUUCACACACAUUUAAUUCAUGAUUAAAUUAAAUGUGUAUAUUAUGUCUAUAUUAUGCUACUAUGCCAUCAUGUUUAAAAGAAUAUGGUAGGCUAAUACUGCUCAUGUUCAGCUCUUGCUUUAAGAUAUGUCCACUGCUCAAACCAGAUUUUUCCUGAAAGCUGUUACCAAUUUAAUUGUGUUUCUUUUGUAAUAAGUUUCGUUCUGUUGCCGUUCAAGGAGACCACAGGGAGAUAAAAUAGGUCAAUCACAGUGUAGCGUUUUAUAUCCAUCAAACAACCGUUACACACUGAAAAUAUCAAUAAAACAAAUACAUCACGAAAAUGUGUUUUCAUGAGACAAAUAUUUGACAACCUUGCGUGAAAAAUGUUUCAAAGACGUGACUGAAAUUUCUAAAUGGAACUUUCAGAAUUAGCGGCAUUUGUUACUGGAAAAAGAGUAAACUUGGCAUUAGAGCGCCCUCUGCUGAAUUUUUGUUGAAUGGUAAUAAAGGUAAGCAUGUUUCAUUUGUCCUGAGCAAAACCUAUUGUCUUGCAGUGUUCUCUUCUGAUCCUCACAUUCUUCAGUGCUGAGGCAAAUCAACAGUGUCACAUCAUUAGCAAAGAUAUGAAAUUAGUCUUUUUUUUAAUAAAAUAUUUUAGA